UGACACGGCUCGUAAGUUAUUGUGAAUAUUUGUAAUGGCCUCAAGAGGGAAAUCAGAAACUAUCAAACUGAGACAGAACUUAGAAGAACAACUGGACCGUUUAAUGCAACAACUUCAAGACCUAGAAGAAUGCAGAGAAGAGCUUGACGGUGAUGAGUACGAAGAAACCAAGAAGGAAACACUAGAGCAGCUUAGUGAAUUUAACGAUUCAUUGAAGAAAAUUAUGUCUGGUAACAUGACUCUAAUAGAUGAGUUGGGCGGGAUGCAGCUGGCAAUACAGGCAGCUAUCAGCCAAGCCUUUAAGACUCCCGAGGUGAUCAGAAUGUUUGCUAAAAAACAGCCUGGGCAGCUACGAACACGUUUAGCAGAGCUAGAUCGGGAUUUAAUGGUAGGCAAACUAGGAAGAGAUCUAUACACACAGCAGAAAGGGGAGAUCCUGAUUGCGUUGCAGAAACUUGGAGAAAAGCUUUCACCUGAAGAUGAAGCUUUUCUCUCUGAGAAUGCGGGGGCUGUUUUUAACCAGUUUCAGAAGGUCUCAGAAGGUUUGGGAUCAGGAGACAAGGUCCUGGCUCUUGCAAGUAUUGAAGUGGAAAAUACAAGAAAAUGAAGCACUGUUUGAAACAAAGUGAAUACUUUGCUGAGUAUUUUGUUGAAUUUGGCUGCAGAUGUAUCUGUUUUGUAUUAAUAUAACCAAGUUCUAGGUCUUUCAUUAACUUUUAUGAAAAGACUUUUGCAUACGAUGAGCCUUUGUAGCAUUUUUUUUUUUAUCUUGGCUUCAUUCACAUUUGAUGAUAAUGAUGACAGUUUUGCGGUACUUUACUUUCUAAAUGUACUGCAUUUUGAAAUAUAUGUACAAAUAAUAAGGUAUUGUUUUGAAUUUUUAAUAAAUUGGUUAGAUUUUGUUUUAGUUAUUUUACUUUUUUGGGUCAAGCAGGAAUCAGUGUAAUAUUAUCCCUGACAAGAUUUAUUAGAUGACAGCUAUACUGCUACAAAUUUGGCAUUCUGGGGAAAGAAAGAAUCAUCCCCAGGACUAGGGAUAACAUUCCAGUGGUAUUUAAAAAGACACUGGCAAUUUUUUUUUUUACACCCCAAUGUUUCCAUUGACUUUGACAGGGAAGAUUUUCAAACUGCUGCCACACUUACAGCUUUGAAGCUCCACCCCCCCCCCCCCAAACUUGAAUAACAUAAUCAUGGGGUCACCACGAAUGAAACAGUGACAUUUGUUGGAUGACCCAAAGUGGGAGGGGCCAACAACAGGCAAUCAAGUUUCACCAGUUGACUUUAAAGGGGGAAAUUCAAACUGCUGCCAAUCUAACAGCUUUGAGGCUACACUCGCUGAACUUGAAUCACAUAGUCAUGGGGUCAGACUGAAUGAAAAUAUGAUUGUUGGAUGCUGAAUCGGAUUUUACCUAUUUACUUGGUGAAAAUUCAACCUGCUGCCAUUCUCACAGUAAUAACACCAGGGUUCCCAAACAUAGUCAGUCGCUGGGUGACUAUGUUCGUUUUUAUUGCUCCUGAGGAAGCGUGACGUGUAGCACGCGAAACGCGUCAAGAGUUUUCCUUUUGCCUUGCUGUUUUCUCCAAAUUGAGUAGUCUGCACUGCGCAGCUUUUGUUCUAAAAUAAACAUUAUCACACUA